GAGAGGGGGAGAAGUCCGCCUCCCUCCGCCGCCUCUUCAUCCCCAGCAGCAGCAACUUCCCUGCCCGGCUCCCCGCCGCCGCCUCCUUCUCUCCUUGCUUUGCAGUAGCAGCAGCCGCCGCCGCCGCUCCUCUUCUCCCGGGGACGAUGCUCUGGCUCGUCAGCUGCAGCAGCUCCCGAGCCGUGUCCCCGCGGCUCCGCUCCCCCGGGCUCACCUCCUUCGCCGCCUGGCUCCUGCUGCACCACCUGGGGGCAGCUCCCAUGGCCGGGGCUUCCUCCUUCCCCACAGGUUCUGUUGCAAAAUGUGAAAAUGAAGGAGAAGUACUACAGAUCCCCUUUAUCACAGACAAUCCUUGCAUAACGUGCAUUUGCCUGAACAAGGAAGUGACAUGCAAGCGAGAGAAGUGCCCAGUGCUUUCUAAGGAGUGUGCUCUGGUCAUAAAGCAGAGAGGGAUGUGCUGCGAGCGAUGUAAAGGUUGCAGUUUUGAAGGAAAAUCAUAUAACAGCUCACAGUCAUGGCAGGUCUCGGACAAACCAUGUAUCAUGAAUCAGUGUCAGGAAGGAGUGAUAACAGAAUCUGAGAUUCACUGCAUUGUUCAUUGCAAAAACCCUUCAGAGCAGCCAGGAAUGUGCUGCCCCACAUGUCCAGGUUGUACAUUUGAAGGUAGACAUUACCAUGAAGGUGAGGAAUUUCAGCCUGAAGGGACCAAAUGCGUCACGUGUGCUUGUGUUGGUGGCAGGACACAGUGCGUACAGGAAGUGUGCCCCAUUCUUUCAUGUCCCCAGCAUCUCAGUCAUACUCCAUCCGGACAGUGUUGCCCAAAAUGUUUGGGGCAGAGGAAGGUGUUUGAUCUCCCAUUUGGAAGCUGCCUCUUUCACAGUGAUGUUUAUGACAAUGGAGCCUCUUUUGCAUACGACAAUUGUACUAAGUGUACCUGCAGGGAUUCCACUGUGGUGUGUAAGAAGAAAUGCUCACCUCCUGGAGAUUGCAUUAAAGGCAAAGAGCAGUGCUGCAAGGAGUGUGUCUCGUACAUGUCCCCAGAGAAAACAAAAGUCUGCAAGUUUGGCAACAAGAUCUUCCGGGAUGGAGAGAUGUGGUCCUCCGUUAACUGCACCAUCUGUGCUUGUGUGAAAGGCAAGACUGAGUGUCGCAAGAAGCAGUGCAUUCCAGUCAGCAGCUGCCCUCAUGGAAAGAUCCUCAACCGAAAAGGAUGCUGUCCCAUUUGCACUGAAAAGCCCGGAGUUUGCACUGUAUUUGGAGACCCCCACUACAACACUUUUGACGGACGGACAUUUAACUUUCAGGGAACAUGUCAGUACGUUUUGACGAAAGACUGCUCCUCCUCUACCCCGCCCUUCCAGGUGCUGGUGAAGAACGAUGCCAGGCGGACUCGCUCUUUCUCCUGGACAAAAUCUGUAGACCUUGUGCUGGGCAGCAGUACCAUCAGCCUCCACCAGCACCUCACAGUGAAGUGGAACGGGACACGCAUAUCCCUACCUUACGACACGCCACACUUUCACGUCGACUUGGAAGGCUACCUCUUGAAAGUGACAACCAAAGCAGGCCUGGAAAUCUCUUGGGAUGGAGACAGCUUUGUGGAAGUCAUGGCUCCACCGCAUCUUAAGGGCAGGCUCUGUGGCCUAUGUGGCAACUACAAUGGACACAAGAGAGAUGACCUGAUCGGAGGCGACGGGAAUUUUAAGUUUGAUGUGGAUGACUUUGCCGAGUCGUGGCGUGUGGAGUCAAAUGAAUUCUGUACUCGCCCUCCAAAGAAACAGUUUCCAGAACUGUGCCAAGGAACAGUGAGAGUGAAACUCCGCGCCCAUCGGGAAUGCCAGAAACUCAAAGCAUGGGAUUUUCAGACGUGCCACUCAACUGUGGACUACACUACAUUUUAUCGGUCCUGCGUGACAGACAUGUGUGAGUGCCCUAUUCAUAAAAACUGCUACUGUGAGUCCUUUCUCGCCUAUGCUAGAGCCUGUCAAAGGGAAGGUCUGAAAGUUCACUGGAAACCUGAGCAAAAUUGUGCUGCCACCCAGUGUAAACAUGGUGCAGUCUAUGAUACCUGCGGUCCUGGAUGCGUGAAAACAUGCGACAACUGGAACGAGAUUGGUCCCUGCAAUAAACCGUGCAUUGCAGGCUGCCACUGCCCUGCGAACUUAGUCCACCACAAAGGAAGAUGCAUCAAACCCAUUCUCUGCCCACAGCGGUGACAUUCGCUUUUAUCCACAAGGACAUUGUAACUGGUGGCUUUUGGUAGCCUUUCUAAGCUCACAGCCAAUGAAGGACUUUCAGUGCUGGCUGGCAGAUUUUGCAAAGCACUCUCACAAAGAGUGGGGGGAAAUAGGUGUGCCUAUAUAUUUAUAUGUGUAUAUGGAUAUAUAUAUAAACACUAGUGUAUGUUGAUACAGAGAGAGAAAGAGAGAGGCGCGGUAAGAUAAUUUUAAGACUCUGGACUUCCCAGGAUUACGGGUCCUCCCCUCCUACUUUUGAUAGUAAUGUAUAUUCUCUGAAUUAUAAAAGUUACCCAGACCUGCUCAUUCUGCUACAUGUGAUCCUGGACUUCUGCCCCCAAAUCCUGGCCCCGAUGGCACCCCUAUGUGUGUGUGUGUGUGUGUGUAUUGUGUAAUACCAUGUUCAGGGAGAGCAGGUGUAGAGAAAUAAAUGGUCAUACCCUUGGUAUCGCAGGACAAAAGAAAUGGCAGCAGCACCUGCCACUCCCCGUAACAUGAGGCCCACAUGAUCAAAUACUCAACACAAUAGCCAUAGCAUAAACAAUUCCAUACAAUGCCCAUUGAAGCAACAGGUCACCCCUCACUUCUCUGUCCCACCUGCAUUGGCUGAAAUGCAUAUAGGCCCCUGGGAUAUAGUAGCAUCAGUCCUAGUUUUAACUAUAUAUACCCACAUACACAUACAUGUGCGCACACAUAUGAAAAUAGGCAUCAUUUAUAUAAACCAUGGGACAUGGGUGGCACUGUGGGUUAAACCACAGAGCCUAGGGCUUGCCGAUCAGAAGGUCGGCGGUUCGAAUCCCCGCGGCGGGGGUGAGCUCCCGUUGUUCGGUUCCAGCUCCUGCCCACCUAGCAGUUCAAAAGCACGUUAAACUGCAAGUAGAUAAAUAGGUACCGCUACAGCGGGAAGGUAAACGGCAUUUCUAUGCGCUGCUCUGGUUCGCCAGAAGCGGCUUAGUCAUGCUGGCCACAUGACCCAGAAGCUGUCGGCGGACAAAUGCCGGUUCGUCGGCCAAUAACGCGAGAUGGACACCGCAACCCCCGAGUCGUCCACGACUGGACCUAAUGGUCAGGGGUACCUUUAACUUUACCUUUAUAUAAACCAUAGAAGGAUGAGUUAUUAUAUGUAUAUUAUUUUGCUAUAAAGUUUACGUAUUAGUGUUUCUGUUAAAAUAAGGCAGGUGUUUGAUGGCAUGAUGGCGCCCACUGAGCCAUCGCCUCCGAGUUUCCAUGGCGUCUCCCAAGGCCACAAGAUUUCCACAUAAAGAUACUAUUAGAUUCCGAUUUCCGGAUACAUAAGAAACAGGUGUUAUCUGAAGUUAGGAUUUAUCCAGGGAUGACUCAGGUUUCCCACCUCAGACCAGCCUCGGGUGAUUGUUAAGAGCACCUUAAAUUAGCAAAGAACCCUGGGCUUGGAGAUUAUGCAUCACUGGUUUGUUCUGGGGUUCCUUGAACAUCACUUUAGUUGGCGUAACAUUUAAAUGAACCCAACCACAUGCAUGGGGGCAGAGGAUGUAGUUCCCCACCACCAGGCACGUAGUGUGGGGAGGACCGGGAGGCUCAUGAUUUUGAGGGGGCGCGAGCCAGUCACCCCCAAGCAGGAAUCCACACCCUGCCUGCCACUGAGGUUCUCUGGGCCCCAGAACCCAGCCUGGCCUGGCCACCACACCCCCAGCCCCCUCGCUGAAUGGACGCCCAGCUAGUUGGGUGUGUGUGUGUGUGCAACAGCUCUCUCCCUUGUGGUUUUCAGCAACAGGUAUUCAGAAGCAUGUUGCCUCCAACAGUGGAUAUAGAACACAGCCAUCAAUCCUGCUUGCACUGCUCAGCUUUUUGUCCUUCUGGACCAGACAGCAGCCGAGACAUGUACAGAAAGGGAUGCGUAGCGCAUGCAGCAAGAGACUCAAAUAUUCACUGUGCUGCAAUUCCUAAGAAUUCCUCAGCCGUUUCCCACAAACGUGUUUUGUGCCAGGUGAUAGCUAUUCCCUGCUACCUGAGAUGGGAAGAUUGUUGUUCAUGCUGAGAUAGGAAGAUUAUUGUUCAUGCUCAAAUGUUUUGCUUCCUUUCAAAAGGAAAAAGAAAAAGUGGAAGAACUUUGUUUAUCACAGAGAACACCUCUGUACUGUACAGGAUGAGUAACAAAAAGGAAAAACAAAAGGUGCUUAUUUAAAUAUUUAAAUGCAUCUACCUGUAUAUGUUAUGUUUGAUAGCCAUGGAAAAUAAAUAUUAAAGCAACAAAAAAGAUUUGCGUCAGACAAAGACCUAACCAUAGGCUUUCAGUUCAUCUCAUAAACAAUUUUGGAAUUUACUUUUUUUUUUUUAAAAAAAAAUAACCAUUAAAUAAUAUGCCUGUUUGAGUUGGAACAGAGGUUUGAUUCAUUAUAAACAUAUUUGCUGUUUUGAAAUUCAUAAAGGAAAAGGGGUUUCCUGUGAUUCUCUUCCCAACACCUAGAAGAGCUUUUUUUUCUGGCAUGCAUGUAUUAAGUCCCAGCACAGAGCAUAAAAUGUGAAAUCUGAUGCAAGCAAACUUUUGGGCCUUUCCCAACUUUAGCAGCGUGGAAGUUGAUGCAAUGUGGCUUCUUUGUAGGACCAGAAGCACAGAGUCAUUCAGGGGAUAUUCCCAACCCCCCAGAGAAGAUUUAGGUGUAGAGGUGUUCCACUGAGCAAAUUGAACUCUGGUUUGGUUGCAGACAAGCACAGCUGAGUAUAUAUCCUGCCGAUGUCUGCAAAUGCCCUCAUGAUUUAUUUAUUUUAUUUUUUUAAAAAAAUUACAUUAAUAGUAUGCCACCGGCACCAAGACAAGUUAAUGUGGCCUUACAUUUUAAUAAUGACUAAUGAAAUGAAAACUAAUCUGGACGCUGGGAAAGAAAAUGCCACAUAAAUUUCAGACCACACUGGACCUUAAGGGUUUUUAAUUUUUUUUUCUCUGAACAUCAAGUUUCACUUAAAAUAAACUGCAUCAGGUUAACAAGAUGUAAAUCCAUACAAUUCAGUUUGAAUGUUUCAAGGUAAAGUCACAUGUUUCAAAAGCUGGUUCCAUUACUAGAAAUAAAAGCCACCAGAAGGGCUUUCCUUUGAAAUGCUGUUAAGGCAAAGGUGAAUUGCUUCAAGCUGUAUUAAAAAUGCCUAUUUUUAAUACCGCAUUGAAAAUCCGCUUUGUCGCCCCGCCUAUUUGGAUAAAGGCAUUGGGUUUAAAAAGUUAUUAUUUGUUUAGGUUCAAGGCAACAGAGGCUGUAGGAAUGUGCUUGUAAGCUUCUUUUAUCUCACACAUUUCACUACUUGGAGUUGGUUCCUUAGCUUAUGGUGAGGCAUAAUCUGAUCUCUGUCAACUUGAACGGCUUUGUAAAGUCUCUGUUUUGAAUAUUCUUACAAAGAUCUGAACUUCAUGUAAGCCAAUGGUUGCAGCUAUUUUUGUUUUAAAGUCAACGCAUACAAUGGUGUAUUGUUUUUAAACACAGUGACUGGGCUUCAUCUUCAUUUACUGAUUCAGAUAAGAUACCUGUGAAUAUCACCUGGCAGAUGAUAAAGAUUUAGCAAUUCCUUUAAAAUACUGCCUGAGUCGAAUUAUUGAUGUGUUCUUCAUCUCAGCAGAUAAUAAAUGCAGACUACCCUUUUGAAUCGUACAAGGCAAUCUUCCAAGUUUUAUAGUUCAUAUUCAUCAGCUAUUAACAAAUUGUACACAGGACAUUUACCAAACAAUAGCAUCCCCAUUUUGUUUUGAAGGUAAGUUCAUUUGCCAAAUGAUAAGAGGGACUUUUACUCAAGAGGAAUGGUGUACUUAUAAUUCUUGAAAUAAUUUCACAUUGAUUUCUGCAAAUUGUGUAAAGCACAGGAUGCCCGAGGCCUUGUCCACCAUGUGGACAAACCAUGGUGUUUUAUCUUCUCAGUGUUUUUUUUGCAGGCCAGCAGAGAUAUUUAUUGUGAAUUGAAAGUGCCUUUCAUUUGCAAAGCCAACCAGCACUUUUACAAUAGGCUAUGUCUCCUUGCUAUUGAUUGAAUCCUAAUUUUAUAUGUGGUUAAGUUAUUCAUGGAGGAAUCAACGUUAGUCUGACUGGUGCUCUUUAUGACUUCAAAUGUGGGCCACUGGUUUUCAGCUGUGUAAGGCGGUUCUUGUAGGUGCAAUGAGCUGCAAAGUUCCUCGUCUCUGAAUAGUCUGAACAGAAAUUAAGCUCAAGAAUAUUUUGGUACACUGUACUAUAGAACUGCUGGUCCGUUUAGAAAUAUUAAGAUAUAAGAAACAACAACCCACGCAGAGCCCAGAACCUUGAAGUGGCAACAUUUAUCUUAAUUUCCUUCAGAACUUUGUUGGUUUUUAGUUGCUUAUUGGCAAAUGGAGAAAUCAUUGAUUAGUAGAUUGGGAAUAAAAGUCACUUUCAAGGUCAUGCCAGGAAAGGAAAGAAGAAGCACAUUUUGACUUUAAAUGUCUUCGUCCAUUUGUCUUAAACAAAUAGGGAAUCUCACUCACCAAUCACUGAGAGGCAGAUCCUUUUUCUACAGGUUGAAUCCAUAAUUUUUAAUUAUGCACCCGUCAGUUGUAAAGUGGGCAGAGGUGACAGGAAAUUGAAUAAAUUAAUCAAAACAAUCAUUUAAAUUCCAUUUUGGGAUGCUGCAUAACAGUAUUUCUGUAGAUAGAAAUUCUUCAGAGUUGAAGAUUGUUUUCAAAAACACCUUUUGAUUUUUUUUAAGGUGAUUUUUGUGUAUCUAUGAAAUUAGAGUGAUCCCAAUGAGUUUAGAUUUCAGUGCUCAAACCACUUUAAUGUGAUCAUUAGAUGAUUUGGUGACUGUGUGGCUUUGUAUUUUUAAAUCUUGCAUUUUCAAGCUUUUUCUGAAAACAAAGAUUUUUAGGGCAGUGGUCAUAAUAAAGCUUGUGUUUCCAAGCUCUUCCACCAGGAAAAAAAUAAUAAUUUGUGUUUAUGUUCUUUAAGUCUGAACUUUGUGUAAUAAACUUCCAGUUGCUGGAGUCUUCAUCCAUUGGUGUAAACAAAUAAUGAUUGUUUUAAAAUCAUAGCACAGGAAAGUGUUUUCUAUGCAGUAAUUUCAUCUUGGUGACAAAUAUAUAGAUGUCUGUUCAGGAAAGUGGUACAUUUUGCUCAUUGGUUGGAGAAAUAAGAUUUCAUUUAGAGAAUCUCAAAACUUCUUCCAUUUGGAAUCCAUACAUUUCCAUGCUAUCUGAGUUUUAUUGUAUUAUUGGCCUUUAGUCAUUGUUGGUUUAAAUGUAAUUGGCUUAAUUUACAUUUAUUUUCCAGCUUCAUUCAUUAAUAUAAGAAUGUUUCUUUGUUGUCGAAAAUGUGCAGUCUCUUCGCUUUGCAGAUGUGUGUCCUUUACCUUUUUUUUAAAUAGAAAAUAUUGUUGUUGUUUUUUAUAUAGGCCCCAUCUUGUAAUGCAGUUAUUUUUACUGUUCAUGUUGAAAACGAUAGGCAGGAAGGUUUUGAAAAAUUACCUUUGCAUUGAAUGGUGUACAAGUGUCUGUGUCUCUGAAGAUUGUCUCUCAUUGAAGAUGCAUGUAAACUUGUUUGAUCUGAGUUUCAAUGAUCUCGGUCCAUUUAUUUAUAAAGGCUUCCAUUCUUUUUAAUUGCCUUAACUAUAUUUCCCCCCAAAUUCGUGAGCCAGACGCUGCAAGGGAAUAGGUUCACAGCGUAGGUAAAAAUGAUCCUUUUCUUUACUAUGUUGAAUGAUUAGUUUCAUCUCUCCGCAAACAAUCUGAGGUUUGUGUGCCACUCUGGAUCUUUUCCUUGCAGGCUUAAGCUGUUAAGUAAAUGUUUCCUUCUUGGUGGGCAAAAAGUAGUUUGGCGAUGGUGGAGAAUUCUGCGGCACAGGUAGAUGGAACUGAUGUUGCUGAAGGAGAAUGGGUGAAUCUGUGGAUGGGCAGGCAAAGAUCCCGUUGAGCUCUGCCCUUCCCCAGGCAGGGUUGUCCUAGCGGGAAUGUUGCAGGGCAAAGGCACACUUCUUGUAGGCAGCAUAAAGCAGGAGGAUGGCUCGCAGCAUUUGACGGCACAUAGCCAUCGCCAUGCGCACUUGUGGUUCGCGGAGCCCAUGAGGCCUGCGCUGCUGGGGACUGAUGACUUGGCAGAAGG